CUUUUAUAUAAAUCUACGCAAAGAGGACUCUCUUCUCUACCGUUUCAACUCCAACUCAAAGCUAGAUUUAUUUUAAACAUGGCAUCUCCUUCAACUGUACCAGCAACUCCGCUCUUGAAAGAUGAGCUGGAUAUCGUGAUACCCACCAUUCGGAAUCUUGAUUUUCUGGAGAUGUGGAGGCCAUUUUUUGAGCCGUAUCAUCUGAUAAUUGUGCAGGAUGGCGAUCCGUCGAAGACAAUCAAGGUCCCUGAGGGAUUUGAUUAUGAACUCUACAAUAGGAAUGACAUCAACCGCAUUCUGGGUCCUAAGGCUUCUUGCAUUUCGUUUAAGGACUCUGCUUGCAGGUGCUUUGGCUACAUGGUUUCUAAGAAGAAGUAUAUCUUCACAAUUGAUGAUGAUUGCUUUGUAGCCAAAGAUCCAUCUGGGAAAGAGAUCAAUGCACUUGAGCAGCACAUAAAGAACCUGUUAUCACCAUCCACUCCAAAUUUCUUCAACACUCUUUAUGAUCCAUACAGAGAAGGUGCAGACUUUGUCCGUGGAUACCCUUUCAGUCUACGUGAGGGUGUUGCCACAGCUGUUUCUCAUGGCCUCUGGCUCAACAUCCCUGACUAUGAUGCUCCCACCCAGCUUGUCAAGCCGCGUGAGAGAAACACCAGGUAUGUGGAUGCAGUUUUGAGUAUCCCUAAGGGAACUCUUUUCCCGAUGUGUGGUAUGAACCUGGCAUUCAACCGUGAAUUGAUUGGACCUGCUAUGUACUUCGGGCUUAUGGGGGAUGGACAGCCUGUUGGGCGUUAUGAUGACAUGUGGGCUGGCUGGUGCAUGAAGGUAAUAUGUGAUCAUAUGGGAUGGGGGGUGAAGACUGGUUUGCCGUACAUAUGGCACAGCAAAGCCAGUAACCCAUUUGUUAAUCUGAAAAAGGAGUACAAUGGUAUCUUCUGGCAAGAAGAACUUAUUCCUUUCUUCCAAUCUGCUGUUCUUCCGAAGGAAUGCACUACUGUUCAGAAGUGCUAUCUCGAACUGGCAAAGCAAGUGAAGGCAAAACUCAGUAAGGUGGACUCCUACUUCGAUAAGUUAGCUGAUGCCAUGGUCACUUGGAUUGAGGCCUGGGAUGAGCUCAACUCUACCGGGAAGAAACCCAGUGGCAAUGCUAAGUAGACUUUUUGAGUAUCAAAUAUCUGUGUCUUCUAUAGUUUUAGAUGCAGUAGUUCCUUGAUUGUUGUAACCUCAGUUAUUUAUUACUUCAUCAUUACAUUAUUUAUUAUACUAUUAUGAAUUUCUUUUUGCUUGAGUGAAAUCUAUAUAUUUUGGAUGUUUUCUUUUCUAA